CACUGCACCCGCAGUAGGUACCACCGCAAUUAGAGUUCCGGGUAGUGCGUGUGAGGCGGAGCUCGGCAGUUCCGUCUGCUUCAUCCGCAGCGUCUCCCUGUCUGUCUUGUUUCAUUCUCCAGAGAGGGACGGACCUCCACUUCCUCUGUCAGAAAAAUGUCUGCUCCAGCUCAGCCCCCCGCUGAGGGAACAGAAGGGGCUGCCCCAGGUGGGGGUCCUCCUGGUCCUCCCCCUAAUACGACAAGUAAUAGACGACUACAGCAAACCCAAGCACAAGUGGAGGAGGUGGUGGACAUCAUGCGUGUGAAUGUGGACAAGGUCCUGGAGAGGGACCAGAAGCUGUCAGAGUUGGAUGACCGAGCUGAUGCCUUGCAGGCGGGGGCGUCAAUAUUUGAGAGCAGUGCUGCCAAGCUAAAAAGGAAGUACUGGUGGAAAAACUGCAAGAUGAUGAUAAUGCUGGGAGUGAUCUGCGCCAUCAUCGUGGUAGUUAUUGUAAUCUACUUUUUAACUUGAGAGUGUGCCAUCCCUUCCCUGUUCUCCAUUGCCGUCCGAGCUCAUGUCUGUUUCUCUCUGUUUGCCCUCUCAACCACUCUUCCAUCGGCCUUCCCUCAUUCCAGCCUAGGCUUCUCCAUCACCCGCCCCUCCAGUUUCGUUGCAUUCAUUUGCACUGUCUUCCUUAACACUAGAAAUGCUGCUCGUGGCCCAGUCUUGAAGUCACUACCCAAAGAGCAACGUCUGGCACCUCCUCCUUACCCCGUUUUUGUGUAUCCCAGAGCUUAAAAGAGUUGUGGCCAAGGGGAGGAGGAGGGUGGGUAUGACAGAGGUGAAGUGUCUGAGAAGCUGGCAUGGCUGAGGAGUGGAGAAGAGUGUUUGUGUCCAUAAUGUCUCCUAGAAAGGCUGGCCUUCAGCAGGAGGGGACCCAGACUAGUUGGGAGGUAGUAGCUUGCUGCCUGUUGUAUAUAUAUUUAUGGAAUAGUUGGUAACCACUACCCUGUUGCCCUCAUUUGGAAUUUUCCCCUCAUACCAGGCCUGUCUCAGAUCCCAGAGGUCUGUUUAAAGACCAACUUUGAAUCCCUGUUAGAAAGUCAAACUUGUAUUUUGUAGUUAGUGCUUAUCUGUCAGUCCCAGGUUUUCUACAUCUUUGGGGAACUUUACAGCCCUGUGUUUUGUUCUCUCUAGGCCUAGAAAACAAGUACUUACUGAUUUAAAAAAGAGUGGGCGACUCUUACUUUCUCCUAGAAGCUGUCUACGUGCUUCUGGCUAGAAGGAGCUGCUGUGUCCUCAUGUUCUCUGAAGCAAGCAUUCUGUGUUGUUCAUGAGGGCAGCAAAUAAUACCAGUCAGCUUGGAGACAGCAGGCCUUCGGGAACAUGCUUCUUGUCAUCUCAUUAUCAAAGUCCUCUACCCUCCCUGCUGUCGAUAAUGGGAGAUGAGUUUAAGAUGGCGAGACUCCCAGGCUGCCACAGAACCCCUUCCUCCACACCACUCCCAUGUUCUUGCCUGACGCAGGGAUGAGGCAGGAGGGCCAUUAGAGAUUUACAGAAGUCCAGCAAACCCCGCAGCUCAGACUCAGGUGGGAGGGGUGCCAGCGUGUGACGGUGUGCUGUGACGGUGUGCUGUGUCAGCGUGUGACGGUGUGCUGUGACGGGUGUGACGGUGUGCUGUGUCAGCGUGUGACGGUGUGCUGUGACGGGUUUGACGGUGUGCUGUGACGGUGUGCUGUGACGGGUUUGACGGUGUGCUGUGACGGUGUGCUGUGUCAGCGUGUGACGGUGUGCUGUGAUGGGUGUGCCGUGCCAGCGUGUGACUGCUGUGCCAGCCUGGGGCCUCGCAUCUGGAGCUGUCUGCUGCUCUUCCUCCAGUACCUUCUCUGGAACCGUCCUUACCAUCUGAAUUCUGCAUUGCCUCCUUUCUUGUUCUCCUUUGCAUGCUCGGUAGGCAUGCUCUCUAGAGUAGACCCUGAAACCUGAGGAUGGAAGCUGCUCGGUCUGUCUUGGAGCUGCUGCUGAGUCUCAUGCUGGGGCGCUGCAUGUGAUAAACCCCGAAGCUAGUGUGGGGGUGCUCUCAGACUUCUGCCCUCUGGUCCACAAGCAGGAAGAGGCUGGGGCCAUGCUAGCCUGGGUGCCCACUUCCACGCAGCAGCAUUUCACUCUGCAAAACCAUCCUCCUUCCCUUUGCCCAUCCCCACAUUCCCUUCGUCCUGCCUCAGGGCAGGACUGAAGAGCUGGAAGAGAGCAGUCAGUGUACUCUCCCAACGUUCCCCUCGAAGGUCUCCACUAUCCUCUGGGCUUCUCUUUGCCUAAUGCAGGGGGGUCACCGCCGGAGAAGACCAACACUGUCCUGGAUGUACCCCGAGCCUGCAGCAAAUUUACCCUGUUGGCCCACCCAGCCCUAGCACUGGGUUUCUGUCCCUCUAAGGCUUACCAGGUGUAGUGGCUUUGUUCUUUUGGGGGUGUUAGCCCCUCCGUUUUCUUUCUCACCCCACUCUGAACCCUCUUCUGUGUCUUUGCGGUCUCCUCCUCCUCCCGCCACCCAUGUGCAUGAGCAAAUAAGCAACUAAACUCUGGGACUUUGCAGCCAGUUGAAGCCAAGCUUCCCACAUCCCUUCUUUGGUUUGCCAUGAGACGAUGUGGGGUUUCUAUUGUGUUUGUCAUUGCCUCUCUGUCUUUUCCCUACCCAGUCUCAUAGUUUAUGUAUAGAGUAGUAAGAGUUGUAUUUCCACCAAAGGCAUGUGACAUACCAAUUUCAUGUAUUCUCAACAAAGGUGAAAAAUACAAAUUCCUACCACAA